ACACCGACUCUGCUGUCUGUAGGCUAACAUUAAAGGACAUUGCGCGGUUAAUGACUAGAUACAAGGAUUGCAAGAAUGAGAAACUUAAUACUUACAGCGCUUCUUUCGGUCAUUGUUGUGGUGUCAGGAUACGUGGAGGAACUCGAUGACAAGUUUAAGGAAUACCGACAGGAUGAACUCUGGCUGGUGGAGUUUUAUGCUCCAUGGUGCGCAUACUGUCACACAUUUGAGCCUAUAUGGUAUGAAGUUGGUGCAGAGCUGAAGAGUCUGGGCUCUCCUGUUAAUGUCGGCAAGAUGGAUACCACAGAGCACACAAGCAUUGCUUCAGAGUUUAAUAUUCGUGGAUAUCCAACCAUAAAACUAUUUAAAGGAGACCUGUCUUUUGACUACCAAGGGCCAAGAACAAAGGAUGCUAUUAUUGAAUUUACCAAUAGAGUUGCAGGUCCUGUGGUAAGACCACUCUCUAGUGUUCAGUUGUUCCAGCAUGUUAUGAGUCGUCAUGAUCUUAUCUACGUUUACAUUGGAGGGGAGUCGCUUCUUAAGAAGGAAUACUAUAAAGCUGCAACUGAGUAUAUUGUCCACACUUAUUUUUUCUCUGCAUCUGAGGAAAUCCUUCCAAAGGCAGUCACUCUGCAUGAUGUUCCCGUUGUUGCUGUGUUCAAAGAUGGCACGUACUACCUCUACAAUGAAUUUCUUGAUGGUGAUCUGUCUUUCUGGAUAAAUCGAGAACGUUUUCCCACUUACUUCCAAAUCGAUAGCUUCAGUCUGUACCAGAUGGGAGAACAAAGUAAACUUGUGGCAUUGGCAGUAGUAGAUGAGAAAAAUCCAUCUGAAGAAAGCAUUCGUUACAAAACUCUGAUGGAAAGGCUGUCUACUGAAUACAGAGAUCAUUAUAAAAGUGAUUACCAGUUUGGUUAUAUGGAUGGUAAUGAAUAUAUAAACGGUUUAAUUAUGGGAGAAGUUGUGAUCCCCUCCAUAAUUGUGCUGAAUAUGACCAUUGAUGGAUACUAUCUACCAGAAAGUAAGAUUGAGACCAUUGAAGAUUUACUUCGCUUUCUCAACAGCGUUCUGGAUGGCAGCACUUCGCUACUCGGAGGAAAUGGGGUUUUGCAGUGCAUUAAGAGAACUUUCUUUAAAGCGAAGUCUACUGUGGUGUCAAUGUUCCAGACAGCUCCGAUCUUCUCCUGUUUUGUGUGUGGACUGCCUGUGGGCAUAGCUGUAAUGGUUAUCUGGGCUACAUGUACUGCUGUACCAACAUAUGAUGAAAAACCUGAGGAAGGAGCUACAGCCAGUCCUGCUUUGGAUGCACACGGGAAGAAAGCAACAGAAUUGCAGCCUGGCAGCACAGAAAAAACCUCUGAAGCAAAGAAAGAGGAUUAACAUGGACUGUUUAUUUAGGAUCAUGUUAAUCUGUAACAUCAUAGUAUUUAAUACUGCUUUCCCCAUUUUUAUAAAUUGUUUUCCCGGUCUGCAUUGUUGAUAUUGGGGUUGGUUUCUUUAUCAAAUAAAGUUCAAAUAACUUAAUCAA